AUGGAGGCAGGGCUGCGUUUCCACGUCAAGCCCCGCGGUGCCGACAUCCGGUUCCCGGCGUGCCCCGCGCCGUGCCGGCGGUGCGUGCGGGACGCGGCGGUCCUGGCGGAGCAGCGCCGUUCUCCCUCGGGGCGCGUGGCGCCGCCGGCGCAGCGGAGGGCUCUCGGCGGCUCCCGGCGGAGCGGCGGUGCCGGUUUCAGACCCCCGGUCCCGGCCGCACCGUCGCACAGAGCGGGCGGAGAAGCGCCGUGCGAUGACAUCGAAGCGCUGAAGGAAAAGGACCGCGCUCUGGACCGGGAGAUCGCGCAGCUGCUGUCCGAAGGGUACAGCGUGGAGGAACUGGAGAAGCACAUCUCUCUGCUCCAUGAAUACAAUGAAAUUAAAGAUGCUGGACAGAUGCUGCUAGGCAAACUGGCUGUUAUCCGAGGAGUUACUACGAAGCAGCUGUACCCUGAGUAUGACCUGGAGCUUAAUGACUAGCAUGGGACCCGCAGGCUUGCUGUGACCUGCAGACAUGACUGUUGCAGGGCCGUUGUGUUUUGGUGUCAUACCCGUUUAGAGCCAUCAUAAGCAGCAUGAAUGCUGAAUUUGAAGAGAUUUUGUUAGCAGCCACAUUUCUCAGCAGCUUUGGAACGUGCAAGAUAUGGAUGAUACCAGCUCAUUCCUGUUUGUGGGAAAGGGAUGUUGAGUCUGUGAACUUUGGGAUACUUUCAGUUUACUCUGCUACUUGAGAAACACUAUUUCUAAUCAUUAUUUUUUAAUUGGAAUGGUUGUAAUCCAAGGUUGAUGCUAAAGUUAUUCCCAAUGAGCCUUUGCUUCUCUGCAGCAUCCAGGCUCUAUCUGGGUGUGUUAACCUGCAGGUGGGGCAGCCUCUGGAUGGAUGGAGGAAGUCAGGGAGCACCGUGUGUGAUGAUGUGACAGCUGCUGUCAGGAAAGCCAUUGGGAGAAAAGAGGACCAAAGGCUGAAGUUGUGGUGGUGGUUUGGUUUUUGUUAUGAUUGGAUCUGGAGGAGUUGGAGUGUUCAGCAAUUUUGUACUUAACUGCUGUAACGUUCAGAGGUUUUGUAUCAUUUCUGAAGUAAACAGAGCAUUGUGUUGAACUGUCUGACCUGAAUUAAAGCAGCUACUGCACCCCUCAGUAAUUCACUUUGA